AUGUCUGUCGAAAAGAUGAUUAAGCUGACUCGAAGUGAUGACCAGUCGAUUACUGUCACUUUCGGAACCGAUACUUUUACAAUUGCCUUCUUCGAAGUCCCCAGGGUUAGCGACAAUGCAGAACGUCGCUUCCAGCGUGUUCGCGAGCCACGGGCAGACGUUAAUGAGACCAAAGAGACGAACACUCCAGGGCCCCACAACUUUCCCUUCACUAUAUACGGUUCCCCAACAGAAGAUGAUGCCAAAGACAAGAAGAAGGAGAAGCAGGGAAGCGGAAGCCACUUCCUUGCCAUCAAAGAUGACAAGGCCUUCGCAAUUCGCAUAGUUGGAGACUGCAAGGAGUCUGCUUUCAAGGUCAAGGUCAGAGUGGGGGGUGUGAAUGUUCUCCAGCACACCACAUUUGGGAGGAAGAGUCAAGACUACUUCGUCGUCUCCGAGCAGAAAUGGAUUUGGGGAAAGCAAGUCGGCAAGGAUACUGCACGUCAAUUUCGUGUUCUCCGUCGUGGAAGAGAGAGACUGUCUCUCCGGUACCAGCUCCGGAAUAACAACAUUAAGAAAGAAGUCGAGAUUAAAAUCACUUCCCGCCGUCUAGCUCUGCCAACCGGCUCAAGCAGUUAUUUCCCGCCAGCCUCUACAGGUAUGACUUCGGCCGGUCCGGACUUUGGUGGUUUGUGCGCCACGCAUAUUCCUGUUAUCACUAGAGGUAUGCUACGUUGUAUCAUGCUACAGCAAGUUCAUCAUUCAACACCACCGCCAUCUUUAUUUGACGCAGAUCAUUUCAAACACUUAUCCUCCGACGAUAAGGCGCCAACACCGCAGGUAGCCUUUCAAGAACUUCCUUCCAAUAACGCGGGUUUGUCAACCCCCGACAGCCAUGGCAUAGUACCACCGGGAUCACCGCUACUGACAACCUCCCACGAACCGGAUUCCGAAGACUUCUUGGUUGACGAGGAGUUUUUCGACACAAUGCCCUACGGCGAUACCACGCCAGCAUCGCUGCAAGGAUUGCCUCAAGCACCCCAAAUCCAUAGGUUUGGGCCGCCAUCUCGCGCAGACCCUACAGAGGUUGUCAUCUCUUCAUCCAGCGAUGAUACGCCAAGUAGCUCACAAUCACAACAAAUCAGUCAAGCCCCUGCUUCCAAUGAUACCGAUUCAUCCAACUCCUCCUUACAGUACAUGUCCGGAGUCCCGACCAUAAGCUACAGGCCGUCACUACCAGCACGAGCGGAAUCGGUGCUACGACCACCAGCAGGAGUGGAAUUAGUAUCACUACCACCAUCACUGGUAUCAGAAACACGGGUACAUAGCCAGGCAAUAAUUAUAGAUGUAACACCACAACCCGCCAGCAAUCAAGAAAGCAUCCACUCUGACCUCGAAGAGGACAUGCUUCCGCACCAGAUGGUCGUUGGAACUGGCGGUCUAAUCGAGCAAAUCGUCUGCCCGGACAAACACCCCGAAUUGAUUGACGGUGAAACCGUGACACUCAAGUUCAAAAUCGUCGACGACCCACGAUACCUGCCAAAACACCUGCAGAAUCUGGCAGAACCAGAAGAAACAGCUGUAGGAGGCAUGCGUAUUCGUGGAACCGGACCUGGUGGAAACUACCACGAGGUGCCAAACCCGCCUACAGGAACCUUUCGAGCUCUCGCGCCGGUUGUUACGGAUCCGGAUGGGUUGAGACGGGAUAUCAGGUCGCCUAUGGAGAUGGAGCUGAGCGUUGAUGGGCAUGGGGAGCCGCUGGAGCCGCCGGAAGAUUCGGGGGAUGGGUCGGUGGGAGAGCGGGAUGAGGGGGGCAGGGCGACAGAUGAUGGAGGAGAUGAUGGCGAUGCAAGAGGGUUCCAGGUGCUUUGGGGAGAGGCCGAAAAUCAGCCACGGGGUUUGAUGAAUGACAUACGGAUGAAGAAAAAGAGGAGGGAACAACGGAAGCGAGGUGGGGUGGGGAUGAUGGCUGAGAAGCGAGAGGAGCCAAAAAGUGAGCGGAGUUCGAGAUGGCGGAGGUUUGUUGAUGCGUUGAGGCGAGUUUUGACUUUGGCUCGGUAAAGUCCAGGUUGUCUGGUUUCUUGUGAUGAUAAACUGGCAGUGACUGAGCACAAGUUCUGAAUGAAGAGACCAGUCAUAACAUUGGUGGACAUGCUCUGGAACUUUGUCCACUGCGUCUUCAGGGUAACAAUUCCAGGCACUACUCAUUUUCUUUCGAGAAUGACACUUCCAUCGAAU